AUGGCACCAAAAGCAGCGAAAUCUAAGACCACGGCAGCUCUUCGCAGCUCCUCUAAGCGGGCGGCGCCAGAGACGCCGAUGCGGCAAUCAAAGAGAGCGAAGGCGCGGGCCAGGCAGUCGUACGUCGAGCCAGAUUCCGACGACGCGGUGGAAGACUCCGGCGCAGAGCCUUCUGAGGACGAGGACGUCAAAGUAUCAGACUACGAAGGGGAGAGUGGCAAGGAUUUAUCGUCUGAUUCGGAUCCCGAAGAGGCUAGCAGCGAGGACGAAGACAAGCCAAGGAAGAGUAACCCCAGGGGUCGCCCUGCAAAGCGGGUUGACCUUCCCUUGCACAAGAAGCACGAUGGCGAGGAAGGACUGUGGAAGCCUGGAGCCAAGCUCGAGCCUGGAACGGUCUUGAUCAUGAAGAAUAUGAAGCCCAAGGCUCGCGAAGCGGGAGACACGCCGUACAUGGACGAUACCAUCCAUCCAAACACCAUGUUGUUUCUUGAGGACCUUACACGGAACAACGAGCGAUCCUGGCUCAAAUCGCACGAUCCCGACUAUAGAAAUGCUCUUCAAGACUUCAAUACGUUCGUGGAAAAGCUAUCGGAGAAGGUUAUGGAAGCCGACGACACCAUUCCCGAGCUUCCCGUUAAGGACUUGAUCUUUCGAAUCUACCGAGACGUUCGAUUCUCGAAAGACCAAACUCCGUACAAGACCCACUUCUCUGCGGCCUGGUCGAGGACCGGAAGAAAAGGGCCUUAUGCAGCAUACUACGUACAGAUCCAACCGGAAGGGGGUAGCUUUGUCGGAGGCGGACUCUGGAUGCCGGAGGCUCAGGCCCUCGCGGCGCUCCGACGAUCUAUCGACAGCAAACCGGAGCGUAUCAAGCGUGUCUUGACCGAUGCAGGAAUUCGAAGGGAGUUCUUCGGAGGUAUUCCGAAUGAUGCGGAGAAGGCUGUUCGAGCUUUCGUUUCGCAGCCUAUGAAUCAGUCGUCUGCGCUGAAGAAGCAUCCUAAGGGAUACGAUAAAGACCACAAAGACAUCGAACUCCUUCGGCUUAGAAAUUUCACCCUUGGUACGAAGCUCACCGACGAGGAGAUUGUGGGAGCUAAGGGUCUGGGCCGGAUUGCCGAACUCGUUGCAUGCAUGGUUCCUUUCAUCACGUAUUUGAACGGCAUUGUGAUGCCUGAUAACGACGAGUCGACAGAUUCGAGCGAGGACGACGAGGAAAGCGACGAGGACGGCGACGGCAGCGCAGGUGUGGGAGAGGGCGAUGAUUAA